UAAGUAACUACACGGGAAAUUAAUAUUUCUGAAUUUGUUGAGUUAAAAUAAAUAAAUAAAUCAACAUUUCCGUUUUGGGCGGAGUUAGUUUUCCCUCGAUGGGCGGAGUUUUGGUCACGUGACCAGGCAGCGUCCAGCUGGGUAAUCAUGGCGGCUGUCUCUGGACGUGAACGGCAGAUGUAGCGUUUUUCUCCGUAAACGAUGUCGUUUGAACCACGCGCCGGACUGUGAUCCAGAGAGCGGAGGGACGGCAGCCCCACAUGAAGAAGAGGAGGACGGACGCUCCCCUCCGAGGCGGCCGUAACAUGAAGGCUCUGCAGGCUCCUCGGACACUGUGAUUCCUGAGGAGGGCUUUUGUCAGCCAAGGCGCUGGAUGGUAUACAUUUUUUUGUCGAGUUGUUCAUUUGUAUUUUUAAUUAGCGGAGUUCUUCUUGCAGAUGUUGAGUUAAUUUGGAGAUUAGAAUAGGUUCUUUGGAGCAGCUUAACCUUAUUGGAGGUUUUACUACAGUGUGAUGAUGGCCAGUCUGAAUGGACUCUCUCCCUGCUGUCCACACACAGCUUUUCUAUGACUGUUUGUGCUUCUGCUGCUUCCCAUGCCUCCCUCAGUAAUAACACUAUGAUAGGCUCCCCAGAUGUGGUAGCUUUCACUAAAGAGGAUGAAUAUGGGCAGACAACUCAAGACCCUCUGGGUCUCCCGGAGGAGUUCUCCAUACCCCUCUACCCGCUGGCAGACUCCAAUCCCUGGGCCAAAACCUCCUACGCCAAGUUCACCAAAGACUUCAUCCUCAUCUCGGAGUUCUCAGAGCAGGUGGGCCCCCAGCCUCUCCUCACCAUCCCAGGUGAUCCCAAAGUCUGUGGCACCUUCGACCUCAACUACUUCUCCCUGCGGAUCAUGUCCGUGGACUACCAGGCCUCCUUCGUGGGGCAUCCGCCUGGCAGCGGCUACCCGAGGCUCAGCUUUGUGGAGGACUCCAGGGUUGUCCUGGGAGACUCGAAGGAGGGAGCGUUCGCAUACGUCCAUCACUUCACCCUGUACGACCUGGAGGCGAGGGGCUUCGUGCGGCCGUUCUGCAUGGCGUAUGUAGCAGCAGACGAGAAGAAAAUCAUGCUCCAGUUUCAGGAGCUGUCCCUCCGCUUCUCGCAGGCCUCGGAGUGUCUGAAGGCCGGCAACAGAAGAGCAUUUGCCAAGGAACUCCAGAGGAAGCUCCAGGACCUGGAGUACACCCACUCUGUGCUGCAGCGGGAGGAGGGCCUGCAGAGAGAGGCGGGGCCUCAGUGUGUUUACUCUGCCCAUGCUGUAGAAAAGGCCAAUGAGCUGGCGAACGUGGAGAAGAGCAUUUACGAGCACAGAGACCUGCUGAAGCAGAUCAGUGCCUACCAUUGGCGACCACGACGGGAUCCGCACGCCGUCUCGUGCCAGAAGUGCAUGACCGAGUGCUUGAGAGAGUGCGAGGAGCUGUUGGACAAAUACGCCAAGCUGGCAAAUCCCCGUGGUUACAGCCAAAGGGUCCCCAAAGGAGAAGGCGACGAGAUUCAAUCUGAUGAUAACAGAGGGGAAGAAGAGGUGGAUGAAGAUGAUGAUGAGGGUAAUAAACGCAGGCCAUCAUACACGCCACAGCUGAUCAAAGCCAAGUCUGCAAAGUGUUUUGACAAACGCCUGAAGACCUUGCAAGAACUGUGUGAGGAGAAUUUCUACGAGGCCACCGUAGAGCUUCUGAAGGAGACGGAGAGGAGUUUCCGCGGCGACCUGUGUUACCUCUACACUCGCCGCCUGGACAAGGCGCUGCGCAGGAAGCAGAAAAUGGUCAACUUCCUGUUUGAGGCAGAUCUCAUUGAUGAUGUUCAGGAUGAAGCCGAGACACUGAGACCAUUCUGCGCUGUGAAUCAUGCCAUAGACAACUACAUGCACUUAAAUCCACCUCAUAUUGUCCUGGGGUCAGAGGCUCUUGAGCUUGAUGGAUUAAAACAUCAAGGUCCGCUAGGCCUGGCUUGUGAAGCCGCCACUACUCAGGAGCUUGGACUUCUGGGAAGCCAUCUGGAGUCCUCUCCCUCAGACCAGACCUUGGAGACACAGGGGAGCUCAGAAGGGACCAAAGAAAGCUUCAGCAGCGAUAAAAGUGGAACAGAUCAAACUGAGAAGCAAGAGAGUCUUGCAAGUAUAAAUACAGAAGGUCCUGAUCCGGACUCUGACUUGACACCAGAACCUGACCAAAACACCUACCCAGAGAGGGAAAGCAGUAGCGAGGACAUGGAGACCACUGCUGGGGAGGAUGACUGUGGUACUGAACAAGACCAGACCCCCAUGUCUUUGCUGGAAGUCGUGUCCGAACUGGAGGCCAGAAAGGAUGACGAGUGUGAGGUGGGAACGCACUCGGAGCUACUGGUUCCCAUGGAUACAGCUUGCUGUAGGGCCCAAGAGGGUUUCCUCUAUGAGGCAGCUGACCCUGACGCUGUGCCGUGCCUGAGUCCAAACUCUACACUGAACCCCUCUAAGGUUCUGGUGGUCAACCAGGAGCCCCACGCCCUUCACCCCAUCCAGGAUGAGUACAGAGUGGGUUCCCCGUGCUCAGAAGGUCCACCAGCAGGGCUGGAGCUUCCCGUUGGCGUCUUUGGAGAUGCAGCUUCACGUAGCUCCAUAGAGGAUGGGUCGGACUGUACCAUGAGUGCUUCCACGGGCUCCGACCGGGCCGCCUCGCCGCUCGGCUACGGGGGGUCGGUGACCCUCCGUCAGAGGAAAAAAGCCGGGCAAGGCGCUUUGAGGUUCGUGCGCCAGUACUCCUUUGCAAUGCAAGCCCUGUGGUGUCUGCUGAGCGGCAGGACGCUGGUGGUGCUCGGGGCGGAUGAGGGGAGAGUCCGCCGCCUCGUGUCUGCUCUGGCGCUUUUCGUACCCAACCCUGGCAAGAGUGGAGAGAGGGUCCAACCCUGGCUGUCCUGUCCCUUCACCCUCAUCGACCUUCACAGGUGGAAACUUAUUGGGCUGCAAAGGGUUGCUUCUCCCGCCGGCUCCAGCGCCCUCUACUCCCUGUCCCGCUACAGCCGCUACAUCUCCAUCCUGGACGCCGACAUGAAGACCCUGCGCUGCCCUCAGUACCGCGGCCAGCUCCUCGCCAACGUGGCCGACCACCGCACCUACAUCCGCCGCGGCUCCACCUACUUCCUCCACCUGCAGAGCGCGCUCUGCCGCCUGGUGGCCAAGGCGUUCCUGCUCACCUUCACGCACCACCUUCACCUGCCGGUCAGCCCCACGGAGGGGCCCGAGGCGGUGGAGGCCCGGCGGCGGGGCUUCCUGCAGGAGCAGCUGGGGCUGGACGAGGAGGACGGCCAGAUCCUGCUCUACCUCAGCCGGCUCAUCGCUCAGCGGUACCUGCAGCCCGCUAACAGCGACUACUGCGCAGCUAUACCCUGUUUUAGUUUUAACUACGUCACCAGCGUUUUAUAUAAAAUCUGAUUCCGCGAGGGGAAGGGCGGAGCUGGAUCCUUUCCAACACCUCACAGUGGAAAUCACCGCUGAUACUUUGGGUUCAUUCGGACCAGGAGUGAUCUAAAUAAGGUCAAAAUCUCUGCACUGAUUAGUUUUUCUCCAUGUUAAUCUCUGUCUGCCUCACUGUGCAUCUCUGUGAUCUCACACCUUCCUCUGGUGGCAGAGAAACCAGAGCUGAAUCUCUCUGCCGACUCUUAACACUUCCAUAUUGGAGCAGAUGAACACUGGCGAAUACAUGUUGAAGUCAAAACAAAACUGGCAAAGAACUGUAGCGUCUAGUUCGACUGCCUAUGUCUUUAUGGGGCACCUGUUGCAAAGUUACAUGUAGGGCAAAAAAUGAACAGCAAUAAUUUGGCCUAUUUAGCCUGUCAUAGAUUUUAAAAAUGUGGUUGUUCCUUUUUCAAAGUCAAUAUCUUCACCAUGUUAUUCCUACAUUUAUAAAUGUCAGGUUAAAACUAAAUAUGUAGUUCACAAACUAAAUAUUUAGCUUUCAAGUUAAAUAUUUAGCUGCGAAGCUAAAAACGUGGUUCGAUUUAGCUAUUUAGCUAACUAAACAUUUAGUGCCAAAUUAAGUAACAAGCUUUGAAGCUAAAUAUCUAGCUUCAAACAAAAAUAUUUAUUUUCCAAACUAAAUAUUUAAUUUUCAAGCAAAUUAUUUAUUUUCCAAACUAAAUAUCUAGCAAUAAAGUUAAGUACAUAGAUAUUUAGCCAGCUAAAUAUUUGCUAUAUUGCUAGCUUGCUAACUAGAUAUUAUUUUGAAGGUUAAAUGUUUAGUUUGGCUCCAGCUUAAAUAUUUAAUGUGGAACUCUGACAUUUUUAAGUAUAUGAAUAACAUGGUGCAAAUAUGACUUUGAAAAAUGAGCGCCCAAUGUUGUAUUUAUGACAAGCUAAGUAAAAGGAAUAAAAUGCUGCAAAUUUUUUGCCCUGUAACUUCCCAAACGGCAGCGCAUAUGUGUUGACAGCUUUUAUACCCUCCGCACUACAUGUAAACAUGUUUUUCAGCACCGCAGCGCCACGUAUGCUGACAUUUUCUGUUGGCCGAGAGCAGACGCUGUGUUCGUGAAACGGGGGCAGCUGGUUUUAGAAACUAGCCCUUCUCUUUGGAACCAUCCAUCUGUCCCUUAUUCUAUGAUUUUACCUUCACUCGCCAAUAUUUCUUUUUCUUUUUUUGUUUUUUUUUACAGCCCACAUUCCUUCAGAAACGGACAAGCGUCCAUUUUGUUACAAACGGCAACACGUUGUACGACCGUUUCUACGUAAAUUUAAGCUUUUGAUUCCAGGGUUACGAUGUCCGAGGUGGUGGAGAACUGAAUCCUGUCGGUCAGGAGAAACGUUACCGAUCAAAUAGUUGUGACCAUUUUCUUGACUAUUAAACAGGAGAAUUUUAAGCUAUUUAAUCUAAAUGUAUUGAACUUCACUGUUGUCUUAAAGUUGUGAGAGUGACGUGUUGUCAGCAUGACAGUCUUGUGUCAGAGUGAUCACUGUGUUGAUAAUAUUUAAUUUUUGUUACAAUACAGUUUACUGAAAGCAACUACUCUUUAAAUGCUCUUAACAAUAAACUUUUAUUUCUUGUGCCAACAGAAGUUUAAUUCAGGACACCUGCUCGACUUUAUUAACUACAGAUGCACCGAUCAGCCUUUUACUGGCUGAUACCGAUUUUUGGUUUUCUUUCAAAUCAGCUGUUUGUAAUUUUUUCUUUUGCAUUUCUUUUGUUAAAGAGGGAAAAUAUGUGCUGCAGGUUAUUUGAUUUGAAAUCUGCCAGAAAAUGAAGGAGUAACCCAGUUUUAUCCUGAUUAAAUUCAUAUUGGUGCAUCUUAAUAAAUGAGAAUAUCAGCCAGUCACGAAUUUAAUAAAAAAUGUAAAACAGUAAUUUUUCUCAGGUUUUUAUGGCUGUUGAUUUUGAUGACUAUGGCUUUAAAACCCCCAAAUACGACUUCUCUCAAAAUUUUUGAUGUCACAUCAGACCAACAAAAAUAUAGUCAUUUUGUAUGUACAUAUACAAAUGCGCAGCCUACUUUAAAAUAUGUCAUUUUUAAAUGCACCAAUUUAGAUGGAGCUCUUUCUGCGUGAAUUACUGCAUCAUUGCGCCGGCUGCUUUCACUUUGGACUUGGGCCUUGACAUCUGCAGCGGAUUUUUCCACAUGUGCUUUUCCCUGUUGCUUUUGCACAUGUUUUUAAUUUAGUCAGUUUUUUCUUCCACUCAACUUUCCAUCAAUGUCCAUGGUUAUAGGCUUCUGUGGGACGUAUCGUCAAUGACCAUCAGGUCAACAUUUUGAAAGUCACAAUGUGACAUUUCCUCAAUAUUUUAUGCUAUAUAUAAAUUAUAUUUUUAAUUAUCCGCUACAAGCCACAAUCAUCAAAAUAAACAGGGGAAAAGAGUUUAAAAUUUGAAUUUUUUUGCUCCAUUUUACCGCCUCCUAGAAUUGGAUACAUUUAACUUUUCAAGGAUAUUCUAAUUUAUUGAGCCAUGUUAUUUCCAUAAUGCUAAUCAUUUGUGAUUUAAAAAAAAAAAAAGAUUAAACUUAAUAAGGCGAGGUUUUAGUAUUAUUAUUUUUAGUGCGUUUGAUCUGCUGACCACUGAGCCCUGCCGGGGGGAGAUUCCAAUCUCUGGCCAAUUAAUUAAUGCAUCUCCUGGUGGCCCACUGCAGGAUAAACGCUCACAGUUUAGGAUUUAACUUUUAAAAGUGGCUUAUCUUUGCGUUUUGUGCCGUCUGUGAUUCUGUGGGGUGGUAACUACAUGACUGCAUGGUCAGAGUUUAAAGUUUAAAGGUCACUACAAGCAAGGCUUUGGACUACUACUUAAGUGGAUCGGUGCAGCAUGUGAUGAAGAGAUACGCCUGAUGUAUUGGGUUUUGUCCUAGUCAUGCAAAAAAAAAAAAAAAACCUACAAAGAACAAAACAAAACAAAAAAUAGCACACCCUGAAUGUAAUCUGAGAAGCCAUGCCGCUGUGUCCUUAUGUUGCUGUAUUAUGUCUGCUUUUUGUAUCUCAUCAAACUGCAGGUUCAGCCCUGAGAGGAAUUUGAAUUUGAAUAAAGCAUGAAGUGAACGUCG